GCUAGCUCUCAGAAAAUUUACUCUCCUUCCAACCACCCGGCCAGUCUAAACAUGGUUCAGGGAUCCCCCAAACCCGACGUGUCUUUAAAGGACAAAGCGGCUUCCGGAUUACUGGCUCCAUGUGUAACCCAGGAGAACGUUUACGAUUAUUGUGUCGCCCACGGGCUCGUGAAGAAAGACAAACCCAAGAAGAUCACAGGAUUGCAAGAUCUCAUUGAAGAAGAAGAGCUAUACUUGAGAACCCACAUCCGGCGCAAUACCUUUGGUCUCUGGUCGUACUGCCCCCCUUCUCCGACCAUUUUGGAAGUCUCUUCCAAUAACGAGUUUGACGACUCGGAUAACAGAGAUAUACCUCGCGACCUUUAUAGCAGCCAGCACCCAUUUUCGAGGUCACCGUCGCCAGACGACGACCCCUUCGCACCGGAAGCGGCGUUGGAGACUUGGCGCCAACAGCUGCAGCAGUCGUUUGAUGGCAAUGAGACCACCAAUCUGCCUAACCAUCGGUCUCUUUCCAGUGAUGCAAGUGCCCUAGAGAGUGACAACGGUCCCCCUUCCUACGGAGAUUACAGUUCUAUUGAGUGUACCGGGUUUCAUAACUCCACCGACCGUGCUACUCGUUCCCCUGGCCCUGUUGACGCAUCCUCCUUGGCCGUACCGGAAGCCUUUUAUAUAUGGACUCCACGGGAUCGGGAGAAAUUCCUUGGUAUAAAAGCUCCCAAGGCUCCAGACGGAAGAUAUAUGUGCUGUGGCCAGAACUUCGAGUUCAAGGACUUUGUCGAGCAUAGACGGUCUUCGGACGAGCAUGGAAAUUUUGGACAGGGUUCAAGGAGAAGGUCAUAAGAGAAUUCCCUCCCUCUUACUGGUCCGAGCCGACAUUCUUCCAUAGUAUUGCAUAGUUUUCAUACAUGUCAUGACCACGAUGGGUCCACUAUAAAUACUUUUGUACUUUCACGCAUACCAAACCACGCAUUCACUUCUGCAGUUCUGGCAAUCCCGCGGCUUUCAGAUCCGUAUUGAUUUCGUCAAGAUGGUUCAUGAACCUCGCCUGCAGCCCAUCCCACAUCUUAACGUCGUGCUCUACACAAGGGUAUCAACUCGAAUUCUUUUUU